CCGCGCUUUUCCUCCUCGUCUCUCGCCGCUCUGGGUGCUCCUUCCUCGAAAAAAGCGAAGCGCCGCCGCAUCCAUCCCUCCGUGGAAUGAUCAGGCCGGCCGGGGAAAAUGCGACUGCGAGUCGUCGUCCUCUUCACCUAUCCUGAUCAUUUCUUAAUAGGACUGCCACCAACCUUCAAGUCUAUACGUGAACAAUGCUAGCCAGAAAACAAAGCGUCCGAGGAGAACCAAUCCUCGCAGACUAUGGACCUGAUGAAAGCCUUAAUGAAAAUGCUGAUAUCGAGUGGGUUAACAAGGUAUGGGUGCGACGAGUACUGCGUAUGUGUGCGCUUCUGUCCUUGGUUUCUGUCAGCCUCAACACCACACGAACGUUUGAAAAGCACCCGCCCCUUGUAUACGUCACCUUCUGCUGGGACAUCUUUGCCACUCUGCUGUUCACAGCAGAGAUGAUUGCCAAGAUGCACAUCCGGGGGCUCAUCACGGGAGAGUCACCCUACCUGAAAGAUCGGUGGUGUCAGUUUGAUGCCACAAUGGUAUUUUUUCUUUGGAUAUCAGUUAUUCUUCAGGUUUUCGAAAUCACGGAAGUGGUUCCCAAGUUCUCCUACCUGUCCAUCCUGCGAGCUCCUCGACCCCUUAUCAUGAUCCGAUUUAUUCGAGUCUUCCUCAAGUUUUCAAUGCCAAAGUCCAGAAUCAACCAAAUUUUCAAGCGAUCAAGCCAGCAGAUAUACAAUGUGACGUUGUUCUUCCUGUUCUUCAUGUCCCUGUAUGGUCUGCUGGGAGUACAGUUUUUUGGCGAGAUGAGCAGCCACUGUGUUAGAAAUGGAACGAUUGCAGAAAAGGUCACGCUGAACGACCUUGCAGUGCCAGACGCCUACUGUUCAAUGGACAAAGAGUCCGGGUAUGAAUGUCCUCAGGGAAUGGUGUGUAUGGAUCUGAAUCUUCCAAAGAGCAUUUCUGGGUUCAAUGGCUUCGACGAUUUCGCCCAUAGUUUUUUUACCGUGUACCAAGCAGCCUCCCCCGAGGGAUGGGCCAUUCUCAUGUACCAGGCCAUGGAUAGUCUUCCAGCGUGGAGAGCCACCUUCUACUUCACCACCAUGAUAUUCUUUCUCGCAUGGUUGGUCAAAAAUGUGUUCAUUGCGGUCAUCACAGAAACAUUCAAUGAGAUUCGAGUACAAUUCCAGCAAAUGUGGGGAGAAAGGGUCCAAAUUCAAACAGAAUCGACACCUCAGGUGCUGAAAGGGGACGACACUGGCUGGAAGCUGGUUACGGUAGACGAGAGCAAAGGCCGUGGCAAAGCUCCGCGAUGCCUCCAAGUGGCCAUCCACUCGGCUGCUUUUCAGGUCAUUGUCAUGAUGGUGAAUGUGGCGAAUGCCUUUGUGGCCGCAAGCAUCUCCUUCGUGCACGACGAGCGACCACGGGAGGACUUUUUCAAGACCUACUACUUUGCCGAGAUUGGUUUUACAAUAUUCUUUGACUUGGAGGUACUCCUGAAGAUUUGGUGCCUUGGUUUUAAUGGAUACAUUAAACGAUCCCUGCACAAACUCGAGUUCAUCCUUGCCAUUGGGACUACACUGCACCUCAUGCCUGACUUCUUCACCUCUGAGUUGACUUAUUUUCAGGUUCUGAGGAUUGUCAGACUUAUUAAAGCAUCGCCAGUGCUUGAAGAUUUCGUUUACAAGAUUUUUGGUCCAGGCAAGAAAUUGGGAAGCCUUAUAAUAUUCACCAUGUGUUUAUUGCUGAUUACAUCUAGCAUCAGUAUGCAGUUAUUCUGCUGCCUUUCAGACUUCAUGAAAUUCGAAUCAUUUCCCGAGGCUUUUAUGUCAAUGUUCCAAAUCCUCACCCAGGAAGGCUGGGUUGAGGUGAUGAACGAAACGAUGUUACGAACAAGCAAAACGAUUGGCCCACUUGUGGCCAUUUAUUUUAUCCUGUAUCACCUCUUCGUGUCUUUGAUUGUGCUCAGUCUUUUUGUAGCUGUCAUUCUUGACAACUUGGAAUUAGAUGAAGACAUAAAAAAGCUUAAACAACUGAAAGCAAGAGAACAAAGUGCGGGCAUCACUGAUGGCUUACCUAUACGGCUCCGCUUCUUUGAAAGGUUUGCCGAUAGUCCACAAAUGACACGACUCCAUAGAGCACCCUCGGAGUUUGGCGUGCCCAAGGUUCGGGAGAGCUUUAUGCGUCAGUUUGCGGAGGAGCUGCCCGAGGAGUGCUCGGAGCUGAAGAAGGCGGCCGCUGCCGAUCUACCCGAGAACCUUGUGACAUACCGCAAAAAGCCACCCAUUCACCUGCUGUCCUCACCGAGCAAGGGCCGCAACGCCGCCAGUCUACUCAAGAAAGUCAGUGUCACCAGCAUAGUUCUUGACUCCAACAACCAGCGACUAUUGGAUGGGGAAUCUGGACCUGUCCCAACGACUGUCAAAGGUCAAAAGCAGGCCCAGAAACAACCCAUGAGAUUGGAUCGUAGGUUCUCCCGAUCUAGGAGCAUGCGGAGGUCCGUUCGUGGCUCCGUGAAGAUGAAGCAGACCUACGAUCACUUGAAGGAAAACGGAGACAUGGGUUCUGUCAAUGCCGCUACGUCAGGCAGGAGCCUGCACGAUUUUGACAUCAAAAUGCUGCAGCAGAAGCGUCAGCAGGCUGAGAUGAAGAGGAAUCAACGAGAAGAGGACCUCCGCGAAAACCACCCCUACUUUGACACGCCUCUGUUUGUAGUGGGCAGGGAGAGCAAGUUCCGCAAGAUCUGCCAAACCAUCGUGUACGCCCGCUAUGACCCCCGGUUCAGGGACCCUGUCACCGGACAGGAACGCAAAAUCAAGUACAAGGCCGUGCACAACCUGCUUGGACUUGUUACAUACCUCGACUGGAUGAUGAUCUUCGUCACGACACUGUCCUGUGUGUCCAUGAUGAUGGAGACACCAACACAGCGAAUUAUGAAUACACCAAUGCUCCAGAUUGCAGAAUAUGUUUUCGUCGUAGCAAUGAGCAUAGAACUGACCCUGAAAACUCUUGCUGAUGGAUUAUUUUUCACACCAAAGGCCCUUAUCAAGGAUAUAGGAGGCAUCGGAGACGUUUUCAUUUUCAUUGUAAGCCUGGUCUUUCUGUGCUGGAUGCCCCAGCAAGUCCCACCACAGUCAGGCACCCAGCUGUUGUUGCUGCUUCGCUGCGUGCGGCCACUCAGGAUCUUCAGCCUUGUGCCUCAUAUGCGCAAGGUGGUCUGCGAGCUGUGCCGUGGAUUUAAGGAAAUACUUCUGGUCUCCAUACUGUUAAUUGUUCUCAUGUUUGUUUUUGCGUGUUAUGGCGUGCACCUGUUUGGUGGCCGAUUGGCACGCUGCAAUGAUCCGGAUAUCAGAACAAGGAGGGAGUGCGUUGGGUUUUUUAUGCGCAAGGUAUUUGUCACCAAAAUGAAGCUCCAGCCGGCAGAAAACGACACCUACCCUGUAAUCCUGGUGCCUCGUGUUUGGGCAAACCCUCGCAGGUUCAACUUUGACAGUAUUGGCAAUGCUAUGCUUGCACUCUUUGAGGUGCUCUCUUUCAAAGGAUGGCUAGACAUUCGUGAUGUUCUUCUACACAGGCUGGGGCCAGUUCAUGCCAUUUACAUUCACAUCUUUGUAUUUCUUGGCUGUAUGAUUGGGCUGACACUAUUUGUCGGCGUUGUGAUUGCAAACUACAGUGAAAACAAGGGGACAGCACUUCUGACAGUUGACCAGCGCCGCUGGUGUGACCUGAAGAAGCGACUCAAGAUUGCGCAGCCCCUGCACCUGCCACCACGUCCAGAUCACCACAAGCUGCGCGCCUUCAUCUACGACAUCACCCAGAACCUGCUCUUCAAGAGAGCCAUUGCCAUGCUUGUAAUGGCUAACAGCAGCCUACUAUGCGUCAGCUGGAAAUCGGAUGAACCUCAUACGAUCCCGCUUGCGACAGUUUCUGCCGGCUUCACGAUAUUAUUUACAGUUGAGGUUACUAUGAAGAACAUUGCUUUCACACCCAGGGGAUACUGGCAAAGCAGGAGAAAUCGAUAUGAUCUGUUCGUCACGUUUCUCGGCGUAAUUUGGGUGAUAAUGCAUUUUAUGAUGAUGAAUGACUUCAGCAACUCGUUUGGAUUCGUUGUAGUUAUAUUACGUUUCUUCACUAUUACUGGUAAACAUGCCACCUUGAAGAUGUUAAUGCUGACUGUGGUGGUCUCCGUGUACAAAAGCUUUUUCAUCAUCAUGGGCAUGUUUCUUCUCAUAUUGUUUUAUGCUUUGACUGGAGUCAUUCUCUUUGGAAAUGUCAAAUUUGGGGAACACAUUGGAAGGCAAGCAAACUUUAAAACAGCCCCCAAUGGAAUGGCUAUGCUAUUCAGGAUAGUCACGGGAGAAGACUGGAACAAAAUCAUGCACGACUGCAUGGUCAGUCCUCCAUACUGUUCCCUUGCUGACAACUACUGGGAAACGGAUUGUGGGAACUUCACUGGGAGUCUCAUCUUCUUCUGCUCUUUUUACGUCAUUAUUACUUACAUUGUGCUUAACCUUUUAGUGGCUAUCAUUAUGGAGAACUUUUCCUUGUUUUACUCCAACGAAGAAGAUGCACUUCUCAGCUAUGCAGACAUUCGAAAUUUUCAGAACACAUGGAACAUGGUCGAUAUUCAGCAAAGGGGUUUGAUCCCAAUAAGACGUGUGAAAUUUGUCUUAAGGCUUCUAAAAGGUCGUCUUGAAGUGGAUCCCGAAAAAGACAGGCUGCUUUUCAAACACAUGUGCUAUGAAAUGGAGCGCCUUCACAAUGGAGAGGAUGUCACGUUUCAUGAUGUGCUCAACAUGUUGUCGUACCGGUCAGUGGACAUCCGCAAGGCCCUGCAGCUGGAAGAGCUGCUGGCACGGGAAGAACUGGAGUACCUCAUUGAAGAGGAAGUGGCCAAGCAGACCAUCCGCGAGUGGCUAGACAAGUGCCUACGAAGGAUCAAAGCGCAACGGUUUCAGCAGAAGGAGCAGAACAGCCUGAUCCACAGCCUGCGGGCCACCAACGAGGCCCUGUUUUCAGGGGGCGGAGGUGCAGAGGCAGCACCAAACAAGCCCUCCACCUCGGAAGCCCUCAAGGAUGAGGGCAAGGAGGAACCCUCAUCGUCCCUAAGGCUGCGCAAGAAGGGCCUUGGCGGCCGCUCAGACAGCAUCUCCUCGCAGGGAGGCCGCAAAUUUCUCAUUCCUUCUCUUUCGGAAGGCACUAACAGAGUUGAAAAGGAGAGGUUCCAAAUGAAGAAAUGGGCCUCACGCCCAGUUGGCACCAAGGGCUUGCCAGACGUGAGUGAGGGCAGCGAGCUGUCGUCGCCCACGCCUGACGAAGAGGAGAACAACAAUGGGGCCACGGGCUACCGGGCAGCUCCGCAUGAGUUCCCUGGUUGGUGAAGUGCACGACUGGUGGGGCUCCCAGCUCGAGCUGUCGAGCGCCUCUGACUCAGAUGCAUGACGCUGCCCGCCAUCCCCUACCUACACCGCCUCUCGUGCCACCGCCGAGACGCGAUCGCGUGACAGCCCUCUCUCUCUCUCCCCUCCUCGCAUAGCUUCUCCUAAUGGAGGGGGGCCUGGCAGUAGAUGCUGGCCUUGACGGACACUCAAACAGUGUGCAACGGUGCAGUCCCGAUGAGCGUUGAUUCUCGAAGUUGGCUCUUCUAGGCUGUUGCCUGCUAGGCAGUUUGGCACCUCUGUUGGAUUUCAGUGAUUUUCGCAUGUAAUUUAUAUGGAAAUGGCAUAUAGCGUUCUUAUUUUUUUUUUUUUUUGCAGCCACACAAUCCCCACACUGCUUGUCAAAACGAGCACACUCCUCCUCAUCUCCUGCAGUUGGACUUUGCAUGCAUUCCUCCCUAUAAACACCUUAUACAAGAAAGCAAGGAAACCUACUUUCCUCGUGACACAACCAGAGAUGCCAAGUAUUCAUUGUGUGGUUGUCUGUCUACUGCAGUCAAACCUGGAAAUAUCGAAUCUGAAGGGGAUCACAAAAAGUUCGAUAUACAUAGUUAUUUCGAUAUAUAAAAUAAAAAUUUUAUACAAAAAUUUUUAUGGGGAUUUUACUGCUGUUCGUUACAUACAAUAAUUCGUUAUGUAUGUGUUCGAUACAUUCGGGUAUGACUGUAUGAGUGUUUGUGAGGCAGUGCAUUUUAUACAUUGCAGAUAUGCUUUGCCGUGCAUUGCAGUUGGUUGCUGCCAUGCACUGCACCUACUCAACACACCUAGGGCAGGUGACGUGAUGUUGAAGUAUAUUUUCAACCGGUACAGCCCCUUUCAGUUCUGAAGGCAAUACCCGGAUUGUUUGUCCUAAGCACACCCCUCUGUCUGCAUAAGUCUUUGCAUGUCACAAAAAAUAAAAAAGCCAAUCAAUUAAGUUUUGGUAAAAAUAGCCUGAAUGUUUUGACAUAACAUAAUUAGGUUUUUCAAACAGUACAUUUCUUUCCUACUUUCAUCAUUUGUACUGUAUUCACAUGCUCACUCAGCUUACAUUUUAUUGCACUGAAACAUGUACUCUUUAUCUUUCAGUCAUCAUGCCUUGUUUCCACUGUUGUCUGUAAUCGUACAUAGUCACAUUAAGGUUCAUGUGCCAGCCAAUCUUUAUUAUUAUUAUUAUUAUUUUUUUUUUUUUGCUGUCUACAAAUGUGGAUUUUGACCAGAAACACUCAAGAACAUUGUGACUGAGUAACAGGUGAAGUUUGAGAUUUCUUUUAAGACAUCUCAUUCUCAGAGGGUGAAAUGUUGAGAAAAUUCUGACGUGCCUGCACCGUUGCACUUCUGUAAAGUUAAAUAUUAUAAGCUUGCAUGAAGCGCCACAAUUUCUUGCCUGUCAUUUCUGUUUAGUGUGCACUGCAAAAAUUACAAUGAAAUCAAAGCUAAAGCUCAAUAUACUCAACAUGGCACAAAGUUGAACGAAGUUGAAUACUGGGUCCAUGACAGGCAAUCAGCAGAGGAAAGGCACAAACAAAGCACACAACUACUAUUUGUUCACCGAGUUAAAGUGUAGCAGCAGCAGCUUUAAGGCCAGUUCAAAAUAUCUACACCUUGUGCAGCUACAUUGUGCCAGGCAGCGUAGGUGUUUCUGACACCUGUCAUUAGGCAUUGAAAGCGCCUGCUUGACUUGGCUGUUGGAGUGCACGACACAUUGUUACACAAACCAUGCUUCACAAGCAACGUUAGCAAUGUGCGUUCAGGUUUUACCGGAGCAGCUUGGAGGACUUGCACAUUGACGGGCAUUAUUUAGUCCACGUGCAACAAUCUUGUACUUACUGCUUGCCCCUCUCCAACUCAGAGAAGUAAUCCCUUUUAUAUAAACACAAUCGAUGGCAAUACUGCAGACACGUUUCUUACUAUAAAUAAUAAAUGUUGACACAUAAGGACUCUUGGACAGGAAGCUUGUUCCCCACAUAAAUCACAGCGCAUUAAAAAUGACUUCGCCGAGAGGGGGCUGUUCGACGAUUGCGUCAGUGUGGUGGUCCCGCUUUUCUAGACACUGAAUACCAUUGAUAAUGCUUGCGUUGAGUGAGGAACGAAGCUUGUCCAUCCACAUACUUAAAACACAUUCUUGAAGUGUGUGUUCACUCUUCUGAAACUACCUGUUGAAUGAAACUGCUCUUGCAUACAGCUGGUUGCUCUGCAGCAACCAGUAUAGCAUUAACUAUGGGUACUUAAUGUCCAAAUUGUCACAUACAUCUCAUGUGCAUGCAGUGAAAGCACAAGCUGAACCAAUAUUGUGGUUAGCUGCACCAACAUCAUUACAAAUAACGUUUGGCCUAAGCAAAGCAUGAAAAAGCUGUCCUAAAUGUUCAGUGCAUUUCCAAGGGUUUUCUUUAAUUAUUUGGGUGCAAGUCCUGUUUGCGAAAAUUUAGUGCUGAUGUAUAUGUCUGUGUUCUGUAUUUAACUAGGUAUGGAAAAAAACAUUGAACAAGUGCUUGCAAGCUCUAGUGCUGGCCACAAAAAUCAAGUGCGGCAGAAAAAUUUGUUCUCACCUUGAUAGUGGACUUUAUACUAUGAGACGCAUCAGGAAAUUGUUAGGCAACCGUUUUAUCUGUGUUACUGCCUAAUUGCUUCUCUUAAUGAUGCAGCAGUUUCCUACAGCCAAUUUUUGUGACGUAAAAGCUAGAAACUUGCUGUUCGAAGUUAGCUUAAUGGCCUUCAAUCAUCAUACCCCUCUUCUGGAAGUGCUCAUACAUAGAAAAGAUUAGGAGUCCCCUUGAAAGAUUAGAAAUAGUUAAGGGCUUGCCUUUUCAGCGAAUCUACGUGCGAAUGGGGCUAGGGGCGUUUAUUACAUAUGCCAAUAUUGGGUGUGCUUGUAGCGACUACUAACAAGUCACAGUUGGUUAUAUCGAAAGGCUGCAUCGAUUGUCCGCAUCACUUUUCCCUCACCAAGCUCGUGCAACAGGUGUGGACUUUAACCCCCCACUUGCAUGCAUUUGUUCUGUGCUAGAGAGAGGCAUAGGCUCCUUGGGUGUAGGUCACUUGCUAAGCCACCGUUCUUGCAUUGUUAGAGAAUUUAGCACUUUGUAUUGAAGCUGCCGCGUGCCGCCAUGUGAUGAGUCUUUCACAUUUGACUGUACUUAUCUCGUUUCCUUGUCCUUUGACACACAAAUGCAACAUACGAGGCUGUUUUUCCUUCACAAGGCGGCGUUUGAGCACUUGCGACACAAAAUUGAAUGCAGAGGCAUGGUAAUGACGUUCCAUGUGCACUUCCAGGCCACAGACCGCUUGAAGAUUAGUCUUGCGUGUCUGAAACUGCACCAAGCAUUUUUUUUUUCUCAGAGCACCCGUUGCAUUUCCCCACAAAGUUGUUUGGGAGAAUCGGUGAGGACCCAUCAUGUUUCUUGGCGUCAUGCACACGUUCUCGACGUUGGUCCAUUUUUCCGUUGGUUGUUGACAUGUAGUACGUAUGUGGCAUGUGCUGUAGUAGUUUAGUGCAAUAUGUUGUUGUGUUCUUGUUUCUUCCGUUUGUCAGGUUUACGCACUGUUGUUGACGCUUUGAAACCAUGUUUUCAAUAAUACAAUGUCCACCACAGUGAGUAUGUAGCACUCUGCAGCCAAUCAGGAGCAAGUGUUGAGCAGAUGUUUUGUUCGUCCACAAAAAAAAAAAAAAAAAAGCAUUUGCCUGCAAGCAAACUGUAAUCCAUCCAGUCAUGUUCUAUGAGUUGCCCAAGAGUCAUUUUCUGCAGUUUUUAUAUGCCUUUGGUAACCUACACUAGUGGUGGCCUAUAUUAAAAAAAAAAAAAAAGAAGCAUAGUAAGCAGCUCAUGCUGCUUACUAUGCGAGUUUUCCUGUCUCUGCACAGCCAUUUAUUGAGUUACAUGCGCUACCAAAGCCAAGCAGCCAGAUCACAUAAAGAGUAAGUAUGGUGCCGAGUGCUGUCUAGUGCACUAACCUAUCUGACCCUAUCCUUGUUCUCUUUGCUGAAGCGGGGGAAGAUUUCAACAUUCUGUUCAUUAGAAGGAAAACAGAAUUGAUGUUUGCCACCAGCGAUACAUUACAAGCUCUUGCCAUUUCAUAUUAUUAGUGAUGAAUAUUUACCACCUGUGGCACAACAAAGUACUAGCACCUGCAAUUUUAUAUUGCUAAUUAGCAAAUGUGAAAUGGCACCUUGGCAAGUGCACCAGACAGCACCUUGGAGAACUCAAAUACUAAAAAAAAAGUGAUGGCAGUGUUGCAUCCUCUGAUAGUUGUCACAUUAGGUAGUCACAAAACGAAGCUGCGAUGUUUAACUGCUAAUUUACAGGUUUUAAGUAUAUCCUGGCAUCCAAGGCAUAUUUUUACUCCCAGUACCCACAGUCUUCAGGAAAGAAGCAAUGUGUAAGGCCUACUGUUGCAAAGCCAAGACUUGCUGCUUGAUGUAAACUUAGAUGGCAUGUUUGUUGUGCAAUGCAAGGGGUUCAAAAGUGCACAGCUGGCUUUCUAGUGCUACUUGUGGCGUGCCAAUGUCGUGUAGCAAUGCGCUGCGCGAGACACUUUUACUGCCUGGAGCAUCUUUACCUGUGUUGCAGGUUAACUGAGAUUUCGAUAUGUGCUGUAGUGAUGGCAGAUGCUUUCAGCAUGUAUAAAUUUCCUCAGCUAUUCCUCUUGAGAACAAGGGGUAAUGAAACUUGGCCACUUGUAGCUUCGUUCUACUGAUUCAUUUAUUUUCAAGAAGGUACUUCUUUUUCCUGUCCAGAUUUUUUUUUUCCUUCCCGCUUGCCACAGUCGGGUAACGCGCAGCUUUUGCAGUAAGCGAAACUCCUCAAGAGACAUUACAACUUGUCAGUUCACAAUGUUUUGUGCCACAGAGCCAUCACGAGCACACAUCAAACUUCUCAGAUAACUUGCGAGCGAUGUUGCUGUUCUAGGAUAUGCAGCUCUGUUGUGUUGCUGGUUGUUCUGUGGAAGAGUGCAACGUUAUCCCUUGGACCAUUUGGGUCCAAAGUUUGACUUCCUGGUCAGUAGUCCUUGUCAUGGCUUAGUGCUCUGGUUGCGCGGAUCUUCGGCCACGGAUUUAGCAUGGGCAAAUUGAAUCUUUGGCUGGGAGAGUUUCUUGUUAAACAGGGGUUGCCCUGUGUGCUCUUCGAAGAUUUUCCGUUCAGAGCAUAGUCCAGUUUGUCGUCUUUGAUCUUCCAUGGGAUUCUUGCAGUGUACUUCAAUGGUAGUGAAGUGAGCAGCCGAUAACCAAUUUUCAGGCUUGCAAGCCAGGCGUAGAGAACUUGCAGUAUCUUUACUCCAAGUCAUAGAGGUAGAGCAGCUACAUACAAGUGCCACAGUACUAAACAGCACUCAAACAUGGUUUUUUGGCUCUUUUUAGUACAGCUUGUAACACGUCCUGUAGAAAGUAUAAAUUGUUGUCCAUGAGAAGUGUAUUUACUUCAUAGAAUCAAUAAAGAUAUUUACCAUAAA